GUGGCUCCGUAUCUCAAUAUCUCUUCAGUGUGGCUGUGGGAAAAACAAGUCGACAAGCCAACACGCAAUAGUGAGUAUGUGAAACCAAGCCAACACGCGAGCCGCGAGCCACGGUGUUAAUCAGAUGAUGGCAGGAUAAGGAUUUGAAGCCCCACCGCUCGUUUCCCUCUUACUUCUUUACCCAUACCAACGAACACUCAAACUCGCUACAAUAAACACAGGCCUCUGCUAAGCGGUGACACAAACACAUAAAGCUGGGUUUUCCUCGGAAUCCCACAAUUUUCUUCAAUUCCAUACUUUCUGGUGAGGGAAUAAUGCAAAAACUCGUAUAGCUCGUGCUUGUUACCCUACUUCACAUAUUCAUUCAGCAUGGCUCCUGUGAUUCCCACUACAGUUAACAGUAUUUCACUAACUCCGUGCAAUAUCCUCAUUAGCAGAAAGAACAAUCUUUUAACAAGGUGCAGCGUUUUUCAGAAACCUGGCAGGCAAACAUUAUCUACCCAAAGAUAUGCCAUACCGUUUUCGACACCUGUUAGAUUGUUUCCCCACUUGAGAGUUGGCUUUGAUAUACAGCCUAAAUUAAGAACUCCCGUAGUGUCAUCAGCUGAGACUGAUGUAGCAGUAGAAGAGGCAGACUCGGCCACUGUAGAUAAGAGUCCUACGGAAGCACCAGAAAAUUCACCCGAUGUUGAUGAACAGAACAAAAAAUCCCCUGUCAAGUCAGAUGCCGGUCCCACCCCUGCUCCAUCGAGACGUUCAAGGCCUGCUAGGAAGAGUGAGAUGCCUCCUAUUAAGAAUGAAGAUCUGAUUCCAGGUGCAACUUUCACGGGGAAGGUCAGAUCAAUCCAGCCAUUUGGAGCUUUUGUUGAUUUUGGAGCUUUCACAGAUGGGCUUGUUCAUGUUUCUAAUUUGAGUAACAGUUUUGUGAAGGAUGUUACUAGUGUUGUUUCUGUUGGACAAGAGGUAACAGUGAGAUUACUCGAAGUGAAUAUGGAGACAGGACGGAUAUCACUGACUAUGCGUGAAAGUGAUGAAACCAGUAGGCAAAAACAGCCAAAAGACGCUCCUGCCAGCAGUGAUAAAUCUAGAGCACCUAAGAGAACCCCUCAAAGGAACAACCAAAGAAGAGACGAUGUCAAGAAGACAUCGAAGUUUGUGAAGGGGCAGGAUCUUGAAGGAACAGUAAAGAAUUUAACCAGGUCUGGUGCUUUCAUAUCACUUCCUGAAGGGGAAGAGGGGUUCCUGCCAACAUCGGAGAUGGCUGAUGAAGGGUUUGGGGAAAUCAUGGGGGGCUCUUCACUGCAAGUAGGUCAGGAAGUUAGUGUCCGUGUUUUGCGCAUUACUAGAGGACAGGCAACUUUGACCAUGAAGAAAGAAGAAGCAACCGGAGAGUUGGACUCAGUGCUCAACCAAGGUGUUAUCUACAAAGCAACUAAUCCCUUUUUAUUAGCCUUUCGCAAAAAUAAAGAAAUUUCUGCAUUUUUAGAUAAGAGGGAGGAGGAAGUUCUGGCUGAAAAGUCAGAAAAAGAUAUCAAUGAAGCAGGUGUGGACAUUAGUAUGGUAGAUGAUACACUGUCUGAAACAGUGGAGAAAGAUGGGGAAGUUACAGAAACGAUAAACGAGGACAAGGAUGCCAAAGCUAUCACAACCACCACAGAUCAGCUAAGUGAAAAGCCUUCUGCAGUGGAAGAUGAUAAUUUGCCUGAAACUGUAGUCAAAGAUGAGGAAGUAGUGGCAACCACAGAUGAGGACAAGGAUGUCAAUAGCCACAUUACUGAUUCUCUUGAAGAAGCAAAUGGUGCAAGUCAAAACAUAGUUGAAGAAUUGGAAGCAUCUUCUGAAACAGUAGAGGCUGAAGCUAGCACAAUCACUACAGAUCAGCCAAGUGAAAAGCCUUCUGCAACUGAGGAUGAUUCAUUGCCUAUAACUGAAGACCAGCUUGCAGAGCCUGAAGUGAGCACAACUACAACAGAUCAACUAAGUGAAGAGCCCUCUGCAAUUAAUGCUAUAGAAACCAAUGCUCAAGGUGAAACUGCAGAUCAGCUUGCAGAACCUGAAGUGAGCACAACUACAAUCGAUCAACUAAGUGAAGAGCCAUCUGCAGUUAUUGCUGCAGAAACCGAUGCUCAAGGUGAAACUGCAGAUCAGCUUGCAGAACCUGAAGUGAGCACAACUACAAUCGAUCAAAUAAGUGAAGAGCCAUCUGCAGUUAAUGCUGCAGAAACCGAUGCUCAAGGUGAAGAGGAACCAAGUGGAACUGAUUUGCUGGAAAAUGGCAGUACUGCAAGCUUAAGUGAACAGAAUGCUGUUUCUCAAGACAACGAAAACUUGACUGAAGAAAAUCAGAUUAGUGGAGAAGUUGUGACUGCAAGUUCGGUUGUAGAGGAUGAUGUGCAGAAAGAAACUAAAGCUGCUAUUUCUCCAGCCCUUGUGAAGCAGUUGCGUGAUGAAACAGGAGCUGGAAUGAUGGAUUGCAAGAAGGCUCUUUCUGAAACUGGCGGGGACAUUGCUAAAGCUCUGGAGUAUCUUAGAAAGAAGGGGUUGGCAACCGCAGAUAAAAAAGCCAGUAGAGCCACAGCUGAAGGAAGAAUUGGUUCUUACAUUCAUGACAGUAGGAUAGGCGUCCUGAUAGAGGUGAAUUGCGAGACAGAUUUUGUAUCUAGAGGAGACAUAUUUAGAGAAUUGGUCGAUGACUUAGCCAUGCAAGUUGCUGCAUGCCCUCAAGUACAGUAUCUUGCCACGGAAGAUGUUCCUGAAGAGAUUGUCAACAAGGAAAGAGAAAUUGAGAUGCAGAAGGAAGAUCUAAUGUCAAAACCGGAGCAGAUUAGAUCUAAGAUUGUUGAUGGGAGGAUAAGGAAGAGGCUCGAGCAAUUUGCUCUACUGGAGCAGCCAUAUAUUAAGGAUGAUAAAGUAGUGGUCAAGGAUUGGGUCAAGCAGACCAUUGCAACCAUUGGAGAGAACAUCAAAGUCAAGAGAUUUGUGAGAUACAACCUUGGGGAAGGUUUAGAGAAAAAAAGCCAAGAUUUCGCUGCAGAGGUGGCUGCCCAGACUGCCGCUAAAAGUGUGCCACCACCAGCUAAGGAGGAGCCUGCUGCUGCUGAAGCCAAGGAAACUGUUGAGGCUCCCAAGACUGCUGUUUCAGCUGCAUUGGUUAAACAAUUGCGUGAAGAAACCGGAGCUGGCAUGAUGGACUGCAAGAAAGCUCUGUCUGAAACCGGAGGAGACCUAGAAAAGGCACAGGAGUAUCUCAGGAAGAAAGGCCUCUCCACCGCUGACAAAAAAUCUAGCCGUCUUGCGGCUGAAGGGAGGAUAGGGUCAUACAUCCAUGACGCCCGAAUAGGGGUUCUGAUUGAAGUCAACUGUGAGACUGACUUUGUGGGGAGAAGCGAAAAAUUUAAGGAACUUGUUGAUGAUCUAGCAAUGCAAGUUGUGGCGUGCCCACAGGUACAGUACGUAAACAGUGAAGAUAUUCCCGAGAGCACUGUGAGCAAGGAGAAAGAAUUGGAAAUGCAGAGAGAAGACCUGCAGAAUAAACCCGAGAACAUAAGGGAGAAGAUCGUGGAGGGCAGGGUUUCAAAAAGGCUUGGAGAGCUUACUCUUCUGGAGCAGCCCUUCAUUAAGGACGACAGCGUUUUGGUGAAGGAUUUGGUGAAGCAAACUGUUGCGACUCUCGGGGAGAACGUAAAGGUCAGGAGGUUCAUUAGGUUUACGCUUGGCGAAUGAAGAGACGAGACGAGACGAGAGAAAGGUAACUGAUUCAAACUAUUUUUGUUGCUGAGUAUACUCAAGAGAUUCAUUUUUGUUGUAGUGCAAAGUUGUUAGCUUUCUUAUAUCAGACUUUUCUGGUUUUGCACCAGUUUGUAUUGUUAUUGUCACUACUUUUUGAGGCUUUGAGCCAUCAUCCUUUUGAAAGUUGAACUAGUUGGAAGAGAAGCAACUGAGGUGUUUUCUUGAAAAUUUUCUUAUUAAUUAAUUGUCUGCAAGUGAAUGUAAGCAGAUUUCUGCCA